AGCUGUGCAUUGUGGAAUCGCUCAACCAGAAUUGAAAUCACUGACGCCUUCUUCUCUAAAGAUUUUGAUACAUUUUGCAAAAGCAACCUAAAAUGAGCGCUUUUUGGGCGGUUAAGCGAUAUCAAGGAAUACAUUUCUUUUAAAAUAGUAUAAAUAUACCGAGAAUCAUUGCUGCCGAAGCGGAAACCAGUAUGACUCCCACAGAGGAGAUGAAUGGGUCUGGGAACCUCAUGGACUUCCUGGACGAGCCCAUGCCAGAUGUGGGCACAUACGAGGAUUUCCACACCAUUGAUUGGCUUCGGGAGAAGUCACGUGACACAGACCGGCACAGAAAGAUCACCAGCAAGAGUAAGGAGUCAAUCUGGGAGUUCAUUAAGAGUCUGCUGGAUGCUUGGUCAGGAUGGGUGGUGAUGCUGCUGAUUGGUCUCCUGUCAGGGACGUUGGCGGGUGUUAUCGACCUGGCGGUGGACUGGAUGACGGAUCUGAAGGAGGGGGUUUGCCUGUCUGCGUUCUGGUACAGCCACGAGCAGUGCUGCUGGACCUCCAACGAGACCACCUUCGACGACCGCGACAAGUGCCCGCAGUGGCAGAAGUGGUCCGAGCUCAUGACUGGCCAUGCGCUGGGUGGCGGCGCGUAUGUGCUGAACUACUUCCUGUACGUUAUGUGGGCGCUGUUCUUCUCCUUCCUGGCGGUGACUCUGGUGCGGGUGUUCGCUCCGUACGCCUGUGGCUCGGGGAUCCCUGAGAUAAAGACGAUCCUGAGUGGCUUCAUCAUCCGCGGCUACCUGGGGAAGUGGACCCUGCUGAUUAAGACGGUCACCCUGGUGCUGGCCGUGUCCUCUGGGCUCAGCCUGGGCAAGGAGGGCCCACUGGUGCACGUGGCCUGCUGCUGUGGAAACCUCUUCAGCAGCCUGUUCUCCAAGUACAGCAAGAACGAGGGCAAGCGCAGAGAGGUGCUGUCCGCUGCAGCGGCCGCAGGGGUGUCUGUCGCCUUUGGGGCUCCGAUCGGCGGGGUCCUCUUCAGCUUGGAGGAGGUGAGCUACUACUUCCCGCUGAAGACUCUGUGGCGGUCCUUCUUCGCCGCCCUGGUGGCGGCUUUCACUCUGCGCUCCAUCAACCCGUUCGGCAACAGCCGGCUGGUGCUGUUCUACGUGGAGUACCACACCCCGUGGUACAUGGCCGAGCUGGUGCCCUUCAUCCUGCUGGGGGUUUUCGGGGGCCUGUGGGGCACCCUCUUCAUCCGGGGCAACAUCGCCUGGUGCCGGCGGAGGAAGACCACGCGCCUGGGCCGCUACCCGGUGCUGGAGGUGAUGGCGGUGACGGGCAUCACGGCCAUCUUGGCCUUCCCCAACCCCUACACGCGCCGCAGCACCAGCGAGCUCAUCUCCGAACUCUUCAACGACUGCGGGGCCCUGGAGUCCUCCCAGCUCUGCGACUACAUCAACGACGCCAACAUGACGCGGCCCCUGGACGACAUCCCCGACCGGCCGGCAGGGCCCGGGGUCUACACCGCCCUGUGGCAGCUGGCCCUCGCCCUCGUCUUCAAGAUCGUCAUCACCAUCUUCACCUUUGGCAUGAAGAUCCCCUCGGGGCUGUUCAUCCCCAGCAUGGCGGUGGGGGCGAUAGCCGGGCGCAUUGUGGGCAUUGCGGUGGAGCAGAUGGCCUAUCACCACCACGACUGGAUCAUAUUUAAGAACUGGUGCCGGCCAGGGGCAGACUGCGUCACCCCGGGCCUGUACGCCAUGGUGGGGGCUGCCGCCUGUUUGGGCGGGGUGACGCGGAUGACCGUGUCGUUGGUGGUCAUCAUGUUCGAGCUGACGGGCGGGCUGGAGUACAUCGUGCCCCUGAUGGCGGCCGCGGUCACCAGUAAGUGGGUGGCGGACGCGUUCGGGAAGGAGGGCAUCUACGAGGCGCACAUCCAGCUGAACGGAUACCCCUUCCUGGACGUGAAGGACGAGUUCACGCACCGCACGCUGGCCACGGACGUGAUGAGGCCGCGGCGCGGGGAGCCUCCGCUGGCCGUGCUCACGCAGGAGGGCACCACGGUGGAGGACGUGGAGGCGCUCAUCAAAGACACCGACUACAACGGCUUCCCCGUGGUGGUGUCCCGCGAGUCCGAGAGGCUCAUCGGCUUCGUGCAGCGCAGGGACCUGACCGUGGCCAUCAAGACAGCUCGGCAGAAGCAGGACGGGGUGGUGAGUAACUCGGUGGUGUAUUUCACUGAGGACGCGCCCCAGCUGCCCGCCAGCAACCCCCAGCCCCUGAAGCUCCGCCGCAUCCUGAACCUCAGCCCCUUCACCGUCACCGACCACACGCCCAUGGAGACGGUGGUGGACAUCUUCCGCAAGCUGGGUCUCCGGCAGUGCCUGGUGACGCGCAGCGGGCGUCUCCUGGGCAUCAUCACCAAGAAGGACGUUCUGCGACACAUGGCCCAGAUGAUGAACCAGGACCCCGAGUCCAUCAUGUUCAACUGAACCCCCCUCCUCUCCCUCCUUCCCGACCCCUUAAUCCAGACCCAGGAGCAUGUGAAUGGUGCCACACUACUGUUACCCACAAAGCAUCUCUUCUCAUAGGCCGUAGCUGCACUCCCUGGAGCCUGCUGUCAGAGUGACAGACU